AUGGAUGAAUUUGAUCCGGCCCAUCCGUACAACGAUGAUAACGACCAAGAUGAUUUGUUCGUGAAUAUGAUGUGCCAGUAUUAUACAGGUAGCCUAGUACAGCCAGAUCCAGCUCCAUUACUCAUGCGACGUGCAGCGUUAAAUAGAGAUCGCGAGGAAGGGCAUAGACGACUAGUUAACGAUUACUUUGCGAAAAAUUGUGUCUACCAACCAAGCGAUUUCAAAAGAAGAUUUCGUUUGCGAAAAACUGUUUUUGAAAGGAUCGCCAACGCUAUGGAAGCAAGGUAUGAAUUUUUCCAAAUGAAAUAUGAUGCUAGAGACAAACAAGGCUUCACAGGGUUGCAAAAAUGUGUUGCUGCAAUUAAACUUAUGGCAAUGGGGGAGUCGCCCGAUUCUAUUGACGAUUACAUGAGAAUGUCUGAGAAGACCGCACGAAAAAGUUUGUAUUUAUUGGCGUUUCGACACCCAAUAGAUCCAAGGGACAAAUAUUUCAAGAGACGACAAGAAGGAGCACGUAAGGACGUUGAACGUGCUUUUGGGGUUUUGAAAUCAAAAUGGCACAUUGUUGAACAUGCGGCGAGACCUUAUGAGUUAGAUACUCUACGAUAUAUCAUGUAUGCAUGUAUCGUAAUGCAUAACAUGGUUGUCGAAGAUAAAGGACGCAAUAUUGCAACGUAUUCUCCUACGGAACCAAGACAUGUGCAAUUUCAACCAGGGACAUCAGAAUAUUUACAUAGAGUGGUUGAUAUUCAAGAUCAGCGAAAACACAAGCAACUCCGUGAAGACUUGGCGGAUUACAUCUAUGUUGGUCACGAAGAUGAAGAUGAAUAG